UGUGUGUGUACCUAUGCGUGCGUUUAGGAAAUUUAGUCGGCCCGGGCCCAGGAGUCGGCCGCAGCCGUCGCAACUGGAUAGUGCAGUGUGACGUCACGCGUCACGUUCAGACGAAAUAAAAAUAAUCUCGCGGGGCGCAAUUCGAUAGGCUGUAACUUUUUGUUUUUAAAGAUAAAUCAAUAAUUGUUUCAUUUUUCUUAAAAUUUCAACAAAAACUUGUAAACUUGUCCAUUCGCUUAGAGAAUUUGGAACACUGUGUAAAUUUCACAUAAGAUUAUUUUAGUUUUCCCUCACUAGAUAGGUGGUGCACCUUUUUCUUGCGCGCCAUCUAUCAUGGUAAAUAUUGUGCCAGGAAGUAUGAUAUGUGCAGAAAUCUGCAACAAUCUGUCAAAAACAAAUUGUCAUCUUAUCAGCUGACACAUUUGACACGUUGGUUGAUUUUUGAUUUUGUAAAUACAUUUUAAUAAAACCCUAAUAAACAACGAAAAUAAUGCACCUAUAGUUCAGAAAUGGCACAUUCUGAAGAUGGAAAUUGGGUGGCCGAAUUGGAAAACGCACUUCUAGAAGAAUGUUCUGCUACGGAUAUUUAUUGCAUAUGUAAAGGAAAAGCAUUACCAGAAAAUUUGAGGGCAGAAAUAUGGCAGAUCUGUUUGGACGUUCGAGAUAAAGGCAACCAACUGGACCACUUCAAUGAAGUGUUCGAUCUGCCCAACCAGAACGUCCUCCGCGAAGACUGCAACACUUUCGUAUCGAAACUAGGUAACGAUGAGGAGGACAAACUUUCAGUUCUAUCCGACCUGGAAUCCAUCCUCACAUUCUACUGCAAAAGUAGGAACGUACCCUACGAGCGUAACAAUGGAUGGAUCGAACUACUGCUGCCCAUAGUGUCGCUAAAAAUGCCGCGCUCAGUUACCUACAAUUUGUUCGAAGCCAUCAAAGACACUUACGUGCCUCAGAGUCUUAGGACGGACGGAAAUGCAUUUCAUAUUUUGAGGUUGUUGUUGCUGUACCAUGAUCCAGAGCUGUGUUCGUUUUUGGAUACAAAACGUAUAACGCCGGAAAAGUAUUGCCUAACAUGGUUCCAAUCGCUGUUCGCCGCCACAUCUAGCCUAGAAGUAGUAAUAAACAUGUGGGACUACUACUUCCAGCAAUCCGAUCCCUUUUUUGUAUUCUUCCUUUCGCUCAUAAUGGUGAUCAAUGCGAGAGAUCAGAUCAUCUCAAUGAAAGAGGAAGAGAAAGAAAAAAUCAUCACUACACUGGCGAACAUGCCUUGUGGGCUUGAAGCUGAUGACGUUUCGGAUUUCUGUACUUUGGCUCAGUAUUAUGCUCUGAAAACGCCGGUGUCGUUUAGAAAUGAGCUGAUGCAAAAUAUUUACAGUGGAAAGAAUGACGACUCUUUACUGGUGUCUCAAGCACUAUGCCUCCCAGUAUCUGUCCAGGAAUUAGUGGACAACACCGUUUGCAGAAAUGACCAAACGGUCCCAGUCAACGCAGACGCAGUUCGAUUUUUCCUUGUGGACUGCCGUCCAAUCGAACAUUACAAUGCAGGUCAUUUACCGACGGCCUUCCAUUUGGACUGCAAUCUGAUGCUGCAGGAACCUGGCGCGUUCGCGACAGCCGUACAAGGAUUACUGAGUGCACAAAGGCAAGCCUUGGCCCACAAAUCUAAUGCAGGUGGUGAACAUCUGUGUUUCCUGGGCAGUGGUCGAAACGAAGAAGACCAAUACACGCACAUGGUGGUAGCCUCCUUUCUCCAGAAGCACACCCAGUACGUUUCGUUGGUAACGGGUGGGUAUGCGGCACUCCACGAUUACUUCGCUGACAAUAUAGACGCGGUGCUGCAGGAUCACGAUCCCAAGAACUGCGUCGUUUGCGCACCGGCCUACCAUUCUAAGCUAAGGCAGCAAAAUGGCGGCGGUAAAGCUCAGUCGCAGUCGUCGGAUCUUUUCGGGAAAAUUUCGGCGGCUAUGAAGUCAAAGUCGGCAGAGGUAAAAGGAAGGUUGAUAGAUUACAUUGUAAAUCCAAAUCCAAGCACCCCAGUACAGGAGAGGCAUGUAUCCAGUACUGAUAAGAUAGGAAAGCGAUAUCGAGACGUAGCUCCCGUUUUUAGUAUAGAUGAUGAUCAGGAUAGUGGUGGUACAGUUCAGCAUGUCACUGACAGUGAUGAACAGGAACUAGUCCAAAUCCAGCAAUAUUUGCGGAAACCAGAGGUAAUCGAGCAUUUUCCGUGCCAAGAGGUAAAACUGAACGGUUUUAUGUACAAGAGUCAUUUGAUCGUCACUCGCACCGAAUUAAUAGUACUUAGAGAAGUUCCAGAUGCAAAGGGUGCUGCAGAGGUAAAUCAAUUAUUGAAAGUACUUAUUGAGGUUUUCUAAAUGAUUCAUCAACAUAUUUAAUGAAAAUACAUCAACUAUUUUUUUGCAUUCAAGCUAAUAGUGAAGCGGCCAUUGUCUGCCAUAGUGAAGAUUACAGCACGAAAACGCCAUCCAGAAUUGAUCACCUUCAAAUAUGGAGUUCCAGAUGGAGAGAAUUUGAAGAUCUCAGACAUGGACAGAUUUCUUAUUCCGAAUGCGGAGAGAGCUACGAAGGUGGUGUCGGAUCAGAUACUUAUUCAGCUUAAGGCCAAGGAAUAGUAAAAUACGUAGCAAAUUUAGGCAUCUAAGUUUAAUGAGUCGAACGAACUACGGUUUUCUUGUGAAUAGUUAAGAAGUUAUACAUAUUUUAAACUUUGUUGGUUCUGUAAAAUCCUUUUUAUUUAUUCUUAACUAAUAAAAUAAGUACAAACAUACAA